AUGGAAGGCAGCAAUCUCACAGAAGAACAGAGUAAUACUCUAGCUCGUUUUCAGGAAUUUACAGGUAUUGAUUCUACUGAAACAAGUCUUCAAUAUCUUAAUGCACAUGAUUGGGAUGUUGAACGUGCUGUUAAUACAGCAUUAACAACUAGUUCUGAUCCUUCGACACCUAAUGUAUCAGUACCAAAUGAACAACAACCAAUACCUCAUAAUACAUCAGUUACUGUUCGUUAUAUGCCUAAUUUUGUUUUACAAUUAUUUCGUACGCCAUUAUCAUUUUUAUAUACUUUCUAUUUAAAAUUUCAACCAUUUUUACCAGUGAGCAUUGUUCGUAGUGCAUUUUCAUUUUUUCGAUCAUUAUUAUGGAAAGAACCACCGCCAGAUCCACUAAGUGAAAUUGAGAAUUAUUAUACUUAUUUUAAUAAGAAAUAUGGUACAAACCAUCAAACAUUUUAUCGUGGAACUUUAUCUCAAGCUCUUCGAGAUGCUCAACGUGAAGCUCGUUUAUUAUUUGUUUAUUUACACGAUAAAAAUUCAUCAUUAUGCGAUCGAUUUUGUCGCGAAGUACUUUGUGGAGAAGCUCUACAAUCGACAAUAGGUAAUAAUUUCUUAUGGAGUACAAGUCGAGAUACUCAAGAAGGAGUUGAUGGUAUUCGUUUAUUAAAUGCAAAGGUAUUUCCUUGCUUUUGCAUUAUUGUUCAUCAUGGUUCACAACAAACUGUUCAACUUAAACUAGAGCGAUAUACUGAUCCUGAUGAAUGUUUAGCAGAAAUUAUUAAUGGUAUCCAACAUGCUGAUCAAACAUUGCAAUAUAAUCGUGAACGGAGAAAUGUCAGCGAUUCGAGAGGUCGUCUUUUAGAAGAACAAAAUGCUGCUUAUUUAGAUUCAGUUCGAGCUGAUCAAGAAAAAGCUGAACAACGUUUACGUGAAGAAAAUGAACGACGCAAAAUAGAAGAAGAACAACAAAGAAAACUUCAAGAAUUUGCUGAAUUUCGUAAUCGUUUAAAACAAACGUUAUCUUCAGAACCAUCAUCAACAGAAAAUGAAACCAUUCAAGUUUCAAUACGUUUACCAGCUGAUGAACCCAUUCGUCGUCGUUUCCGUCGUAAUGAUUCCGCUAAACUUUUAUUUGAAUUUGCAUGGACAAAUUCCAAUGUACCUAAUCAAUUUGAAUUAUUAUGGGGUUAUCCACGAAAACGUUAUCAAUAUGAACAAAUUGGUGAUGAAACAAUCGGUGAUCUCAUGAAUGGAAAUACUGAAACGUGUUAUCUUGAACAGAUUGAUGAAGAUAAAUAA